UUAAGAGGAGAAUGCGGGCCGUGGUGUUUAUAUAACGACUUCAUCAAUCGCGGAACGUUCUCCCACUUGAGGGACGUGAAACCCAUAUCUCAUAUAUAAUAAUUAGGGCAUCACUCCAGACGGAAGCAGCAUGGGUUACUCAGUGACUGAAGCCGCCGCUUUACACCUAAUGAAGCAUCUUGCUUUGCCCGUGGGAUCAAAAAUCUGCGUCAAUGCUGUUGUACCGGGGCUGUUGUUGACCGAUUGGGGUAAAAAGUACGGCGAGACGGCGAUUGAGUGGCUCAAUCAAAAGGCCAUCUUAAAGCAUGAGACCGACCUGGAAGAUUGCGCGAAUGUGAAUUGGCAAAGAAUACAGCCAUGAGUGGACACAGAUUGUAGUUGGUAGGUUCUCUCUCUUGUGCGCUGUCUAAGUAUACUAAUUUUGAUGCAGAUUCGGGGCUUGCCAUGGGAACUCCUCCUAUCAAAUAGCGGUGUGAUAUAUUUUGGAAUCCCAUGAAGACUAGAAUGACACAAAAGAAUGAGAACAUAUGAUAUAAUGCGUUCGCAAUU